CAGCCUUUCCCUGUUUAAGGCCUGCGCGCACGCGCACGGAGGGGCUGGGCGCGGGGCUGCCUGCUUGUCCCGUAGCGAACGUGCCGGAGCGCUCGAGGCGCCGUUCAAGCUUCUGAAACUGGUAUUGAACCAUCUCCAAGACAGUCUCCAGUGGCCCUUCUUCCAUCUUUGACAGCAGUGAUUUCUAACUGGGUCUUGGGUCACACUUGGGAAAGUGGAUAAUCAGUAUGCUCUCUGUGAUUGCUCUAAUGUGUUAGCCUGCAUACUGCAUCACAGGCUUCUCAGAAAAACAGGUGCUGCUUCUGCUCAAGUGAUGCUCCUUCCUUUCUGGGAGCAAUCUGCAUUCUUGUGUUCAUUCCCGACUUGAAAUUCUGCUAAGAAAAAAUAGGCCUUGUGUGUUGGUAUUUUUAAACACUUUUCAGCAAUUCCAAUACAAUGCCCCUAUUUAUUUAAAAAAAAAAAAAAAAAAAGUCCAAGAGGUGGUACCUGAGAGCUUUCAGCUUUUUUGACACCUACAUCUGAAAAAGUAAAAUUUAUACAAUCCCAUUGUGCGUAGAUAUGAGUGUGAAUACUUACUGGAACUUUUGCUCUGUAUGUCAGUCAAAUUUGAUAAAAAGCUCAAAGACAUUAGGUUUCUGGGAAUAUAAAAAAGAAGAUGGCUGAAUCAAGUUCCUACUACUAUUGUCAUUCUUUUCCACCUGUUUCUUUACUGAGGGAAAGACUGCAGCCUGCCCUCAACCCUUAUAGUGUGUCAGAGAAUCUACGUGGAAAAAACACAAUGGGAGGAACUUCACAUCAGAGAAUUCAGUGAUCAGACAUGAAACAUUAGGAAAUCUGGUUUAUGGCAUGCAUUUGUCUCCAUUCAAGAUAGUCAGUAUUGAUUCUGGCUUCUACUUUUUGAAAACUUGAGUUUGCAAUUAAUUAACAUUCUUCAAAUGUAGACCUCCUUAGGUUUGUGGUGCUUUAGACUUUUGUGCCUAAUCCAUUACAUUCGCUCUUCCAUUUCCAUUCUCCUCACCUUGGCAGUUACAGUUAUCAUUUUUUUUGCUUCUUGCCCAGCCAUUCCCAUUUCAGUUUGCUUGGUUCCGUCUCUCAUCAUUUCCAGUUUCUCCAGUUCUCUCUCCCCAUUCUAUUUCUCUCUUCCCUGCUUUACUGGCCUUCAGGUUGCUAUUCUUGCCGUGUUUCUCUGUUCUCACUGAUUCCUAGUGCCAGUCCUUCACAUCUUUGCUUUCUGCAUUGUUCCUCAUUCAGAGUCAUUCUUGCUUGAAAUUUCUUUCUUUGAGUUUCCUCUGAGGAUCCUUGUUCCAGCCAUUUUGACACUGCAGCUUCAGAAGACUUUCAGGCUUGCUUGUCCUCCAUUUGGAUUGACUGCCUUCUUCCUCCGUGCUGCCCGGGCCUGAUACAGGAAGGAUAAACUACCUGGUCUUCCUUUUUUUAUUAGACUGCACCUGGCAAGCGCUCUAACAGCUUGGAAGCAGAAAUCCAGUGUGAAAUUGCUGCAAAAGCAGGGAUGAUUAUACAGAGAGUAGUGCUGAAUUCACGCCCUGGUAAGAAUGGAGUGCCAGUGGCUGAAAACUUCCGACUGGAACAAAGUACAAUAGCAGAUACAAUCCAAGCUGGACAAGUGUGUGUUAGAACCCUUUAUCUCUCUGUGGAUCCUUACAUGCGCUGCCGAAUGAAUGAGGAUACUGGCUCAGAUUACCUCCUGCCCUGGCAGCUGUCUGAAGUUGCUGAUGGUGGGGGUAUUGGGGUUGUGGAGGAGAGCAAGCAUGAUAACCUUGCUAAAGGAGACUUUGUAACUUCCUUCAAUUGGCCCUGGCAGACAGUGGCAAUUCUAGAUGGAAGCUUGCUACAAAAGGGAUAGUUCACCAUUGCUGGAAACCUCUUCUCUCCCAACUGCUUUUUGACACCUCCAUGAUUUAAGUUUUUGUGAGU